UUUAGGGUCUGGGACGACUUAAUAUUUAGUCUUCUGUGCACAGACGACUAAAUAUUAGGUCGUCUGGUGUACAUUAUCAGCCAGAAUAAGUCGUCUAAACCGGACCAAACCUUAAAGUUUACCAAUGUACUUUUAAAGCUAACCGGAUUAUUUACCCAAUAUAUAAGGUGAUUUUUUUUUUUUUUCAUUUUCCGCGAAAUUCAGAAACCCUAACAGUUCUCUCUCACCGGCGAUAUCAAAGGCGAUUCGAAUUCCCACUAUUUCCGAACAAACCAUCGUUCUCAACGUCGGCUAUCUAUCUCACUUCAUUCUCACCGUUGUCGCCGCAGCUUCUUCUAACCCUAGCGCCGCCGAUUCCUCUAAACCCUAGCGCCCCCGCUUCCACUAUUUCCGAACAAACCGUCGCCCUCGCCACCGUGCUCACCAACGUUCUCACCGCCGCUUCCUCUAAACACUAGCUAGCACCGCCGCUUCUUCUAAACCCUAGCGCCGCCGCUUCUUCUCUGUAAACCGUAGCGCCGUUUCUCUGUAAACCCUAACGCCGAUCUAUAACCACAAUGACGAGUACUCCAACUCCUUCUGCGACUAAUCAGGUCCGCUUGAAAUUUUUCUACUGGAAGACUUGUAAGUAAGUCGUCUGGAAAGUCUUCCAACUGGACGACUUAGUAGACGACUUAAAUAUAAGUCGUCCAUUUGGAAGACUUUUCAGACGACUUAAAUAUAAGUCGUCAACUAAGUCGUCCAGUUGGACGACUUUCCAGACGACUUAUAUUAAAGUCGUCUACUAAGUCGUCUGGAGUAACAAUUAAGGCGUGAUUGAUUUAGCUUGUGUUCUGACUUCUAUUGUUGUCUUUGAUUAUUUUGCAGACAAAAAGGAUGGAUAUUCCAGAACUCCCCCGUAGGUUAUACACAUUAGGGGAAGAGCCAGAACCCCAGCAUAGCAUUUCGUAUCAUUCGGAUAACAACAGGUUGCAUGCUGCUCUUAAGGGAGCUCUCACUGAGAAAGAAUUUGAAGAGCUCAAGGAGUCGAGAUUGGGAGUUUUCAUCAAGUUCAAGGAGCAGGGAUUUGGUUGGGCUUCAAGGCUGGUUCACCACAUGCUCUGUUUAAAGCUGGACAUUAAGAAGAAGUACGAGAUGUGGUGUCUCGUUGGUCCAGAACCUUUGAGGUUUUCACUGUUAGAGUUUGAAAUGAUCACUGGUCUAAACUGCGAGUACAUCGAGGACCUUGACACACCAAAAUGUGAUGUUACCCCAGAGAUGGUUUCUUUCUGGGGGAUGAUGGGAGUUCAUCUGGAAGCUGGGCCAACUACUGAUCAGAUAAUAGAUGCACUGAAGAGAUGCGGGGAUUGGUCCACGGAAGAUCGCAAGCGGCUCGCGUACCUUUCCAUCUUCACUGGAUUCAUUGAAGGGAGAAAGUUUUCAACCGCUACACGAGCUACUCUGGCAAGGCUAGUGAUGGAUUUAGAACGGUUUGAGAAUUAUCCAUGGGGGAGAGUCUCGUUUAAGGUGCUGAUGGACUCUUUGUGGAACAAAGAGAUUACUGGCUGUUACACCGUGGAUGGGUUUAUACAAGUUCUUCAGGUCUGGGCGUACACAGCUCUGCCGGGAAUGGGUGCUAGUAUUGGUAGUCCCAGAUUAAACAGUUCGCUUCCACCGCCUCCACCGAUUCUGGCUUACGAUGGCAGCAGAGGCCGCAGAUUCAUGAAAGCUGCUAUCUUGAGUCAGACCCGCGUGAUCAACUUUGUUGAGAAGGACAUUAGUGAAAUGUGGCCAAAAUGGGACUCUGAGGUUGAGGACGUGCCCGCGGAGAACAUCAUUAAAGUCAUGUAUGAUCGGAGACCGUGGAAGUGGACCAUGGAUUGCUGGGAAGUCACUGGUACAAAAACUAAGUUUGUGACUCCAUCGAAAAGAGCCAAAGAGAUGGUUGUGGUGGAGGUGGAGGAGGAGGAGGAAGACAAUCAGAGACCUCGAAAGAAAGCUCGUAAAGAGGCUCCUAAAGAGGCUCGUAAAGAGGCUCCUAAAGAGGCUAGAGAAGAGGCUAGAGAAGAGGCUAGAGAACCUACUCCUCAAAAGGAUCAGCCUACACUUCAAACCAAUCAUCCUACUCCUCAAACCAGACAGCGUACUCCUCAAAAGGCAAAGCCUACUCCUCAAGCCAAAGAAACCGGGGUUAGUAACAAACAGCCUACCCCUCAAGCCAAAGAAACCGGGGUUAGUAACAAACAGCCUACCCCUACUCCUCAAACCCAGCCUACUCCUCAAAAGGCAAAGCCUACUCCUCAAAAGGCAAAGCCUACUCCUCAAAAGAAACAGCCUUCUCCUCAAACGAAACAGCCUUCUCCUCUGCCCAAAGAGAGAUUGUUGCCGGAGGAUACAGCAGAUGAGGCGAUCUCGGUAUAUAAGAUCUUGCCGGAGGAUAAAGCAGAUGGUGUCACCUCCAAAGAGAUUGUUCCUCUCACUUCCACUGACCAACCGAGCUUCGCUUCCAACGAUCAACAACCGAGCUUCGCUUCCAACGAUCAACAACCGAGCUUUGCUUCCACCGAUCCAAGCGUUCCAGUUUCAGAACCGAGCCUGGUUGUAUUGGACAAAACAGCUCCCACUGCUUCUGUGCGUGCAAGGAGUGAACGAACGAAGAAACCUGCUCCCACGCAGAUAUCUCCUUAUACGGCAGAGAGAAAGAAACUCCUUAGAGUGGGAAAGUAUAAUCCAUUUCCCUCACUAAACAGCCGUAAGUUGAAGGAGCUCGCUGAUUGGUUGAAAACUGAUCCUGAUUAUUACACUAAGCUUGAGGACAAACCACGUACAUCACCAACUUGGUGGUAUCAUAAACUCCGGACACCCAAAGCAUGGCUGGAAGACGUACAUAUGGAUGCUUGGAUGAAUGUGUUGAGGCAGAGGUAUCAGGAGAAUCCACAAGCUUUCCGGAGCGAGCGAAUGUGCUUCCUGGAUCACAACUUUUCCCAUUCUUGGAGAGACCAGUAUCUGUUCUUCAAAGCAUCGGCACCUGAUCACAAAGGUUUAGGAAGAAUGCUACCUAGUGGGGCGUCGUUGUUUUAUGACGGAUCAAUGCCUUCAUUUUGCCAAUCAAACAAGAAGUGGGGGGAGGACAUUGAUGAUAUCUAUGCGCCAGUGAACUUGAACAACAAACAUUGGGUUGCUAUCUGGAUAUCGAUCCCUAAGAGGCACAUAGUCGUCUGGGACAGCAUACCUUCAUCUAGCGUACCAGAAGCAUGGGAUGAGAUAAUGGAGCCUUUUCUCGAGAUGGUCCCUUAUAUGCUUGUUGAGUGCGCAGCCACCGAGGAAGAACGGGGCAAAUACGGGUUGGAGCGAUACACAUAUGAGAGACUGCUGAAAGAUGUACCCACGGCCAACAAUGGUGAUUGUGGCGUGUACGCUCUAAAGUACAUUGAAUGUCAUGCUCUUGGGGUCCCCUUUAGCGCUAAAGACUUUGCUAGGUCCAAUGCGAAGACUAUGAGGGAUAAUAUGGCUGUGGUUAUAUGGACGGAGCUUGUUGAUCAGCAUUUGAAAAAUAAUGAGGAUGGUGGUAUGUUCGUGGGCAUGUAUGAUUAG